AUGAUGAAAGAAGCGAACCAUUCAGAAGAAGAGCGGCAAAGUUUACUUUCAAACGGGGUCAAAACCGAAGACGAUGCGACGACUUUGACGUUUACGACGAGAUCUACACUGAUGAUCAAAAUUGCCACGAUCACCGCGUUGGCGACGACGUUUGCCACGUUUGGGUACGUUUCCGAGAGCAAGAAGUUGUCUUUGUUGUCUUCUUCUUCGUCCGAGUUAGGGUACAGACGACACUACCGAGGAGAGGCGGACGAUUUUUCCCGUAAACAACCGUCGUCCUCGUCGUAUUCCUCGUCCGCGCGUUUAGGUCGAUGGAGUUCAAGAGAUGACGACGAAGACGAUCGAUACUCCUCGAGACGAUCGUCGUCGAGACAUUCAGACGAUUUUGACGACGACGACGACAGAAGAGGAGGAAGAGGAAACUACGCAAAGUACAGAGACGAGGACGACGAUGCGUACGAGAAAAGAGGCCGCGGACAACGAAGAGAUUUGGGCAAAGACGAAGACGAGGACGAAUAUUCGAAGAAUAAACAUUCCUCCUCUAAAUACGACGACGACGAUGAAGACGAUCAUCGCAAAUCAUCUGCGGAUGAUGAAGAGGAAGAUCAAGAAGAAGAAGAAGACCCGGCGAUGAAAGAAAACUGCGUCGGCGAAGCCGCCGACGAAGAAAAAGGCAUCUACCAGUACCCGGACAAAAUUUGCUUGACGAACCCGUCGUUGACGCCGGCGUGUCUCGGGAACGGAGGCGCGGUUACGGCGUGCAGAUUUUGCCAAACCGAAGAAGCGGUGAGAAAAGUUGCCGGCUGGCCGCAGUGCCCACACUCGGUGUGCGAGAAGAGCUCCGGGAUUGGAUGCAUCGGGGAUUCGUUUUCCAAGAAUGAAAUCUCGUGGAGGAUGCACGUGAAGGACAUCGCGAAACACAACGCGCGCGUGAAACAAAUUGGGAUUUCUGGAACGUGCGAUUCCACGGUUUCCGAUCAAGCGGUGGGGAGACACAUGUUUCGCGACAAGAAGUGCUCGGAACGAUUAUUACCCGGGUGCCAAGACGCGCAAGGGUGUCGAUUUUGCGUCACAAAAUCGGGAGCAAAGUUGGACACGGAAAAAGUCACCGCGCAGUGGCCGACGUGCCCAGCCGCGGUGUGCGCGAGAUUUUCCUUGGAGAAGACCGAUUGCGAAGCGACUUUAGGAUUAUAUACCGUGCCGACGUUUGAGGUUCCCGAAGGGUUUGAUGGUUCGAACUUGCCGAAGCCGAAGUUGGACUUGGAGGCGACACAAAAGAUGCAAGAGCGUUUGAAGCUCCAAAUCAAAGCGGCGAUGACGGGGCAAGACGACCCAGUGUUUGAAGACGAGGACGAAAACGAAAUGCCGGAAGAAGCUCCGUUAAAAUCGGAAUCUCCCUUGGAAGAGACGAAGAACAACAAGGAUGAAGACGAAGAAGAAGACUCCGAUCGUAAAUCUUCCUCCUCCUCCAAAGGUCGCUACGACGACGACGACGACGACGACGAUCGAAGACACUCGUCGUCAAAGUACGACGACGAUGGAGAAGACGAUCGACGCUCUGCCUCUAAAAAGCACUACGAGGAUGACGACGACGAGAAAGACGACCGCCCCCGAAGAAGCCGGGAUGACGACGAUCGACGCGACGAUGACGAUCGACGAGAGGACAAAAAAUCUUCCUCCAAGAGUCGAUACGACGAUGAAGACGACAGACGAGAUUCUCCCAAGAAGCGUUACGAUGAUGAAGACGACAGACGAGAUUCUCCCAAGAAGCGUUACGAUGAUGAAGACGACAGACGAGAUUCUCCCAAGAAGCGUUACGAUGAUGAAGACGAUGACGACAGAAGAGACAGUCACCGAUCUUCUCGUUACGACAAAGACGACGAAAGAGAUCGAUACGAUGACAGAGAUGACGAUCGCAGAUCUUCGCCCAAGAGCCGAUACGACGACGACGACGAGGAAGACAACAGACGUUCCUCCUCCAAGAUGGGUCGCCACGAAGACGAGGACGACCGCGAAGGCGACCGACGCUCCAAGAAGCGAUCCGACGACGAAGUAGAAGAAGAAGGCGACCGCAGACGAUCCACAAAGUAUGACGACGAGGAGAAAGACGAUCGAUCGAGGCGCCCAUCGUCGAAGUACGACGACGACGACGAGGAUGAAGACGACAACCGCAAAUCCUCCUCCUCAUCGAAGAAACGUAACGAAGACGAUCGAGAAGAAGAGGAAAGAUACGACGACAGAAAAGAAAGCAAGAAAUCUUCCUCCUCGUCCAACGAGAGAGAUGAAGCCGACCACGAUAAAGAGUACGACAAGGAAGAUGUCGAGAAGUUUGAAAACGAUAGCAGAUUAAAAGAUGUGGACGAUUGGGGAGACGACGACGAUAACUCUUCGUCCGGUAAGAAGUCAUCCGCCGGAAAAGGGUCGAGUAGAAGCAAAUCCUCCUCCAAAGAAGAUUGGUGGGCGUCAUCUGCGAAGUAA